AUGGGGGACCCGGCGUCGGCGCCGAAAAAAGUCGACGACGUGUACAAGCGCGUCAGCCUGCCGUUCGACGUAUCCCUGUUCGAGAGCACUACGACCCGGACGAUCUGGAUCAGCGACAACGGCAUCAUCAGCAUCGAAGGGGCCAGCCCGGAGAGCAAGUACUACACGGACAAUCUUUCCCUGAAGUACAAGGACGCGCGGCAGCUGCCGUUCAACGCCGCCGCCGACUUCCCCAAGCCACCAACGAUGAUCGGCCCGUAUUUCCCGCUGUGGGCCGACCUGCUGAUCUGCAAGGACCACAAGCACGGCGUCUUCUACCAGGUGUCAGGCGAGGCCCCCGCCCGCACCCUCACCGUCGAGUGGCUCGUCACCCAGUUCGGCGCCACACAGGACUACUACCACUUCAGCGUGACCCUCUACGAGGCCCGCCGUGGCGUCGCCACGUUCAAGUACAAUGCCGUCGACGGCGACGCCGGGUCCAAGUGCACUGUCGGCGCGCAGGGAGGAGAUCGCUUCUUGCAAUUCUCGCACAAUGACAGCACGCCCAAGAUCGCGCCGGGUGUGCAGGUCGAGCUUGACACGGCCAGGGGCAUAGUCACCUCAACAACCUUCACGCCCACCGCACGGGGGUGA